CUAUUUAAGUUUACAAUGUGGAAACCAGCGAAUUUCAUAGAGGCAAUGUCGCCGAUUUUUUUUAUAAAUGCGAUAUUUUGUCACGGAAUAUUCCAAUACCCUCACCUAGAUAAAUCUAAAUUAUAUUACUCUUUAAUAUUUUCAAUUACUACGACUAUAGUCUUCUUCAUGUUUUUCAUGUAUGUGUUUUUAAAUUGGACGGAUCGAUUUUUUUUGACUUCUCCCAAAGGUAUUUAUUAUGUCAACACAGGUAUAAUGAUUUUGGCUAUGAUUAUUAAUGUUAUUGUCGGCUGGACUCACAAAAACAAAACUUUGGCGACUAAUUUGCGAGUAAUUAAAGUUGAUAAAACACUAAAAAAAUUGGGAGUUCCAGUAAAUGCGAAAAAAGAAUUUUACAUCAUCAUCAUGAUUGUCUUCAUUUGGAUACUUUUUGUAUUAUUUUUGGAUAUUUCUAAUAUCGUAGCAACUGAAAAAAGUGAUGAUCGAUCAGAGAAAAUUAUGCGCACAGUUAUUCUUCAACAUGGUCACCAUGUCAACAUUUUGAUUAAUACUAUUUUUUGUCUUUUUGUAAAGCAUAUGAAAAUACGGUUCAAGAGUUUAAAUAAAGUUUUGCUUGAUAUUUUUAAAUUACAAGACAAUGAUUCAAAGCAUAAGAAAAAUACUGAUUACAAGUGGGCUGUAUCGAGGAAAAUUAAUUUCGAGAAAGAUUUUAUGAAAAUUCUUCAUGAUGUUAAGCGCAUUCACCUGGAAUUAGGAAUUCUGUGUCGUGAAAUAACAAAAAUUUACGGAAUACCGAUAGUUUUAUCAAUGAUUACAGCAUUUAUAAACAUUUCUUCCUUAACUUUGAUUACUUACAUGAUAAUAAUGAGUCCUCAAGAUCCCAAUUUCGACAAAUCCGUUAUAGUAUCUAGCUUACUUCUUUGGGUCAUAGUUUUCAGUUUAAGAAUAUUUAUCAUUAAUUAUAAUUGCGCUGACUGCGAAUUCGAGUGGAAAAAAACCGGCGAAAUAAUUCACACAUUAGAGUUCGACUCCAAAAACAAAGAAUUUCAAGAAGAAAUUAAACAAUUUUCCAUUCAAAUACUCCAAAACCCGCUCAAGUUUUCUCCCUGCGGAUUAUUCGAUCUCGGGUAUUAUUUUUUAAGAGACUUUGCUGGGACUGUAACUGCGCAAGUUAUUCUUUCAAUUCAGACUUAUCGAUUUACGUCUAA